UAUCUCUAUUUUCCCUCUCUUUCUCUAAACAAAAGCUACAAUAUGAAAAAGAUUGUACAAUCAUAACUAAUCUUGUUCCUACUUGCUCAACUUUCAAGAAUGGAUCUUUUCCUUUACCAUCCUCUCAAAGCCACCCCUUUUCUUCACUCUCUCCACUCAACUCCAUUCUCAGGAAACAGACCCUUUUCAGCCAACUGCAGUAGAACAGCUUUACCUUGUAUUUGCUUGUCAAAAUCAUCUUUUGAUGUUCCAGAAAAAAAUAUUUCUCAGCAGAAUGAAGGAAGAAGGGCAAUGAUGGGCUCUUUUCUUAUAGCUGCUGCUGGCCUUUGCCUCUGCGAUGUGGCUGGAGCCGCUAGCACAAGCAGAAGAGCUCUCAGGGGAGCAAAAAUACCAGAGAGCGAGUACACAACCCUUCCAAAUGGUCUAAAGUAUUAUGACUUGAAGGUUGGCGCUGGAGCUGAAGCUGUGAAGGGAUCUAGAGUUGCAAUCCACUAUGUUGCUAAAUGGAGGAACAUCACAUUCAUGACAAGUAGACAAGGAAUGGGAGUUGGUGGUGGAACACCAUAUGGAUUUGACGUUGGUCAAUCAGAAAGGGGAACAGUCCUUAAGGGAUUAGAUCUCGGUGUUCAAGGGAUGCGAGUAGGAGGGCAGCGCCUGCUCAUCGUUCCUCCUGAGCUAGCUUAUGGGAAAAAAGGCGUGCAGGAAAUUCCUCCAAAUGCAACAAUUGAGUUUCUGAAGGCCAUUUGGAUUCAACUGUUUUGCACCUAUUGUGGUCUAUUAGACCUUUAAGUUGGUCAGUGGAAUGCAAACUGCUGUCUAUACCUUUUCGCUACGAAAGAUCACCAUCAUCACUCUUUUAAAUAACUUAUCAGAAUCAUCAAAUAUGUGGCCAGCAGAAAAACUUUCUAAUGGAAACCUUCACCAUGAACCAGAGAUUUGUGUUGAUAGAAAUAUCUUGUUGGCAUCUAACAGAUGCAGAACAUUCUUAUCAACAGAAAAGUGUAUUCUGCA